AUGGCUGAAAAGGGAAUCAUCGAACAUCCUGAACUCCUCAAGCUUGGAGAGCCUCUUCCUCCUGGGAAUCCCCAUGGAAUAAGCGUCCACCUCCCAACAUGGGAAGACACACUCGGCUGGGCAAAGCGAGACCCCCGCGUGGUGGACACCAUGAAAACAGGCUACCCGCGCUUCUUCAUCCCGCGAGUAGUCGAACGCCUAGCCGACCGUCUUCUCGAGCACUUCACCCAAAUCCACAGCCACUCAGACAGUGGUUUCGACCUCAAGAACAAACAUGCCUUGAUCGUUUCGACAGGCCACCACGCGCUCAUGUGUCGCCACUUCUUCCGCCAGAAGUUUGACCCUGCUUCUGAUCAAAAAGUCACCUUCCCCAUUCUCAUCGCCCACUGGGACGGCACCAUCUCUGCCGUUCGCGAGCAUGAACAUGAUCUACCAACAAUAAAGGCUCAACCACCACCACCACCACCACCACCCCUCGGCCAAGAAGACAUCUUCCUCGUUCCCUACCCCACCAACAUGUUUCCCUUUGCCAAAUCCUUCUGGCAACACACCGGCUUUGGCAUCUCCAGUCGACGCGCGACUUACUGGAUGGAUAGCGCCCCUUUUUUCUUCCAAUCCACUCCCCCCACCAGUACCAGUUCAGACCACCAACCUAAUCCUCCAACCCCAACCCCUUUCGACGAAAGCACCACCACCACCGCCCUCUCCCUACUCCGCACCCGCCUCGCAAAAAGCUACUCCUCCCUUCCCUCUGCUCCAGUCUCCCCCUCCGACAUCUUCCUCUACCCCACAGGCAUGUCCUCCACAGCCGCCCUCUCCACCGCCAUCAAAUCCCUCGUCUUAUCCACUUCCACUCCCUCAGAUCCCCCCCGUAUCCCAUCAGUAGCCCUCUUCGGCUUCCUCUACGUCGACACCCUCAAACUCCUCUCUGUCCUCCUCGGUUUUCAUCUGCACCUCUUCCCCUACUCAACACCGCUUUCCUCCCUUUCGGAGUCUCUGGAAUCAGGAGACCUGCAAAUCGAUUUAUUGGUGACAGAGUUCCCUGGGAACCCACUGAUGCAAUCACCUGAUGUUUCGUGUCUUUAUGAAAUGUCAAGACGACAUGGAUUCGCAUUGGUGGUGGAUGAUACCGUCGGAGGCACGGGGGCGAACGUGAAUGUUUUGGGGAGGUGUGAUGCGGUGGUGAGCAGUUUGACGAAGAUGGUGAGUGGGGGGUGUGAUGUCAUGGGAGGGUGUUUGGUUUUGAAUCCGGAGGGGGGGAGGUAUGCGAUGUUGAAGGGGAUGUUGGAGGGGGGAAAUGACCCAAUGGAGGGGAAUGGGAAUGCAAAUGGGGAAGUGGAUGAGAGGGAAGAGAAAAAGAGAGAUUCGGGGUAUGCAGAUGACUUGAACGGCGAGGCGGAAGGAGAGGAGACAAAAGAGGAGGUAAAAGGUGAAACUACCUCCAAGCAAGAAGGGGCACAAAGAAGGGAGGAGGAAAGAGCUUGGUUCCCGGCCGACAUCGCAGUCAUGGAACGAAACAGUCGAGACUUCGUCCACCGCGUCCGAAAAGCGAGCGCCAAUGCCGAAUGGCUGGUACACAACCUUCUUCGACCACAUGCCAGCGUGCAAGAAGUCUAUUACCCCAAAGGGUCAUCGACAGAAGACAUCUACGAGCAGUUUCGAGUUAAACCUACCGAUGAGAGUCCAGAAGAAGAAGGCGGGUACGGAUUCCUAGUCUCCAUCAAGUUCCUCACCCCAGCCAAGGCCAGAGCAUUUUAUGAUGCCAUGGCUGUGGCUAAAGGGCCGAGUUUGGGAACGAACUUUACGCUGUGUUGCGCGUAUACACUGUUGGCGCAUUAUCGGGAGUUGGAGUGGGCAGCUGAGUUUGGGGUGGUGGAGGAUCUGGUGAGGAUUAGUGUCGGGCUUGAGGAGAAGGAGUGGUUAGGAGAGAGGGUGAGCAGGGCACUGAAGGCGGCUGGGGAGUGUGACGAGUGA